AUGUUAAAAGAAUCAAAAAGUACACGUAAGAUACUCGUUACUACGAUUUCUACACCAAACAUAUCAUCAUCAACAAAAAUUCCACGAUGUGGCGUAAGGGAUGGUCCUCUAUUUUAUUCAGCGGAAAGUCAAUGGGGAAAGAAAGAUUUUACUUGGAAAUUAGUUAACGGAUAUCUACCGGCGUUUGGGGCAGGUAGAACUCGUGCGAUACUUUACGAAUCUUUUAAUGAUUGGGCCAGAUACGCACCCUUGACUUUUCGCGAGGUAUCCGAAUAUGACAAAGCCGACUUUGAGAUAUCAUUUGUGCACAGAUAUCAUGAUCCGAUUCGUCGAUUUGAUGGACCAGGAGGCACUUUAGGUUAUGCAUAUCUUCCACCUUCAGGAGUUAUUCAUUUCGAAGCAGAAGAAGAAUGGACUGAAGAUUAUUCAGAGAAUGGUUUCAAUUUACGUCUUGUAGCAACGCACGAAAUAGGUCAUGCUCUGGGACUGGGACAUUCCAAUGAUCCAUCAUCGAUUAUGUUUGAACGAUAUCAACUCAUGCAACCGUCACAAUUGCUACCCAUUGAUGAUCAACGUGGUAUUCAAACUAUGUAUGGACCAAGACCUUCUCCUCGGAGAGCGAAUCCAACUAGCAAACGUCCAAUCACGAAGCGAUAUAAUCCAAUUACAGUGAGGACAACAACAAGGUUUAAAUUAUCCACAACCAGGCGGCCAAUGACUACCACACGAAGACCAACAACGACAACUCGAAGAACUACAACCGUACGAAGAACCACACCCGCUUAUAAAACUACAUACAGAACGGCUGUUACAUGGAAAGCGCCAUGGUACCAGCCAACCACUUGGUCGUGGUCAACAAGAAGAUAUUGGCCACCUUGGUCAAGACACAAUCAUCAACCAACAAAGAAAAUGAGAAGACGCCGACCACAUCAUACACAACGAAGAACGAAGUUUCAAAUACCAGCAGUAUGGAGACGGAGAACGAGAGGAUAUGAACCGACGACAACGACACGGAAAAUGCGAACAUUCUCAACCACGAAGAAAACAACGGUGCGAAAACCUAGACAUAUGCUGCGGACUACGCCACAAACAAGGCACACAACAUUAAAACGAACACCAACGACGACAGCAGGAUACGUAUGGUAUAAGACAAUGCCAGAUCGAACUACAAGACAGCCGAAAAAAAUACCACCGAAUAAAGAAAGAAAACGUGCAACAAAACUACCGAAAGUAGUCGUACGAAUGUCAGUAUGGCCACUUCAUAACAUACGAUCAGUCAUGCAACCAACAAGAAAAAUAGCGAUAUCAAACAAGAGAGUGCACCAAAUAGUAGCAUCCCCAAGCAAGCCAAAACAAACUACGAAGAAAACAACGCUAACCUACGUCAAAGAAGUAACCAGGAAACCUACGCCAAAAAAAGUCAUAUUCACAGUUACAAAACCAACAACUAAAACAACACUAAUCACCGCAAUGUUUAAAAUUAGUAGCGGCUGCGACGCUAAGAAGAGUGUUAAACAAUGCAUCAAUGUUAAAUGA